AUGUUUUGGAAAUUUGACCUGCACACCACCUCCCACAUCGACCAGCUGCUGGACCGGGAGGACGUGACGCUGCGCGAGCUGAUGGAGGAGGACGACGUGCUGCAGGAGUGCAAGGCCCAGAACCGCCGCCUGCUGCUCUUCCUCUCCCAGGACCACUGCAUGCAGGAGCUGGUGGGGCUCAUCACCACGGAGCCGCCAGCAGACCUGGAAGAGAGGAGUCGCUUUAAGCUUCCCAACAUUGCGUGUGAGCUCCUGACCUCAGAUGUGUCCAUCAUUAACGAUAAGCUGGGUGGAGAAGAGUCUCUCCUGGAAGUACUGUACCACUUCCUGGAGCAGGAUCCACCCCUCAACCCGCUGCUUGCCAGCUUCUUCAGCAAAACCAUCGGCAAUCUCAUUGCCAGGAAAACGGAAGAGGUGAUCACCUUUCUCAAGAAGAAGGAAGGCUUCAUUGGUCUAGUGCUGAAACACAUAGAUGCGUCUGCUAUGAUGGACUUGUUGCUUCGUCUCAUCAGUUGUGUAGAGCCAGCCCCCUUGAGGCAGGAGGUCCUCCACUGGCUGAAUGAAGAGAAACUAGUUCAAAGACUCAUAGAGCUUAUCCAUACUGGUAAAGAUGAGGAAAGACAAUCAAACGCAUCCCAAACACUUUGUGACAUAAUUCGCCUUAGCCGAGACCAGGCCAAUCAGAUGCAGGAGAACGUGGGGACUGACCCCCUGUUGGCUGUGCUAGAGUCACAAGAAACUGUAGCAGGACUUCUCAAGAACAUGUUUGAGGGCGAGAAGAACGAGGCUUCCAUUGUUAAUGGAACUCAAGUGCUACUUACCUUACUGGAGGCCAGAAGAUCUGGGCUGGAAGGGCUGAUGGAUCUGUAUUCUCAGGGUUUUGAAAGGUCUUACACUGUUAACUGCAGUAUUUUAAAUGCCAUUGAGCCCCAUUUAAAGGAUUUCCAGCAGCUUCUUCUGGAUCCCCCAAAGAAAGGUGCAAUAUUGACCACCGUUGGCGUUCUCGAUCAGCCGCUGGGGAACGCCCGCCUUCACGUGGCCCGAUUGGUGGCUGCUCUCCUGCAGACCACUUCCCCCAGUAUCUGCCAGGAGCUCUGCGACCUAGGCACCAUGGACCUACUACUGGAUCUGUUCUUCAAAUACUCGUGGAAUAACUUUUUGCACUUCCAAGUGGAGCUCUGCGUGGCGGCCAUUUUAAACCACCCUUCAUCGGAGGAGCGACCCAACCCGGGCUUGCAGAACCAUAAUGGACAGCAGGCGGCGCCGUCCCCUGAAACUAACGCCGAGGUGAUAGAGUCAGGCGGGGCCGGUGACCCGCAGAGCUCCCUCCACAAUACCCUCGUGGCACAUCUAUUCCAAAAGUGUCGAUUGGUACAAAAAAUCCUUGAUGCCUGGGAGGAAAAUGAUAAAAUACAAUCUGAAGGUGGCACCAGAAGAGGCAACAUGGGUCAUCUAACCAGAAUUUCCAAUAUGGUGGUCCAGAAUCUGGAGAAGGGACCAGUACAGGCCCAAAUUGCUGACCUCAUUAAAGAACUGCCAGAAGACUGCAGAGGUCGCUGGGAGAGCUUCGUGGACGAGACUCUGAGAGAAACCAACAGAAGGAACACAGUAGAGCUGGUGAGCACGCACAACAUGCACUCGUCCAGCGAGGAUGAUGACAUGGAGAGCCCCUUCCCCAACGACCUGUCCCUCCAACAGGCUUUCUCUGACUAUCAGAUCCAGCAGAUGACCGCCAACUUCGUAGAUCAGUUUGGAUUCAACGACGAGGAGUUCAGCGAACACGAAGAAAACUUCAACCCCACGUUUGACAGAAUUGCAGAAAUAAACUUCACUUUAGAUUCUGACGAUAACAGUGCCAACGCAGCUGCUUUCGAGGCCUGUUGUAAAGAGAGGAUACAUCAAUUCGAUGACGCUGACGAGGAAGAAGACAUUUGGGAGGAGAAAGAGAUCAACUAUGCAACACAAGCUAAAUCCAGAACAAGGUUUGGUGUGUCCCAAACGUCAGAAGGAAGCUCUCGGAGCAGCCUGGAAAACGGCGGACAGGAGCAGGACUGCGGCUCGGAAUCUGACGAAGAGGACGAUUUUGAGCAAAACACAUCGGACGCAGGUCCUGGCUGGACAGCAAAUUUCAGGGACUCUGAUGGUAUCACGGCAUCCCAGUCUCCAUCAGGGUGGGACGCUCUGCCCCCGGGUGGUGAAAACGAGAACCAGGAAACUGGCUGGGCCAAUUUUACGGCGUUCCAGCCAUUCUCAAGCACAGAGACGGAGCCCAGGUGCAGUUCCCCAGCGGACGCUGGUGGCAGUGACGCCGAUCAACAAGCCAAACAAAACCACGAGAAGGGCGACGCCGCCUCUCGGUGUGUGGGGCCUUCGGGGGAUGCCGCCAAAGCUGCUCCUCACGACGGCGAGGAAGUCGCCGCCAUAGCGGAAACAGUCUUCUCAAAACCAGCCUCUGGCAGCAAGACGGCUGACCUCCAAAGCGAGGAGAGUCCCGUGUCCUUGGAAAAACUAUCUCUGACAGAUCCGCCCGAAUCCUCAGAGCAGCAGCAACAACAACCCGAGGAAUCGCCCAUAACCACACAAACCGAAAGGUAA